AUGGCUGCCGCUAUUGUGCCCGUCGCACCCGUAGACCAGGGAGAAGGCUUCUGCCGCUUCUGUGCCGGGGACAGUAGCAGCGAACCGCUGGUGACGCCCUGCAACUGCGAAGGCAACAUAUCGACUUCGCACAAGUCAUGCCUCGAGAAGCGCAUUCUACAGAACGGUUUGACGCGUUGCUACCUCUGCAACUACAAGUACGAGUACAAGCUCAAGACUAAGUCCGUGGCAAGGUGGUUGAUAUCUGAGGAACACCGACGAGACGUGUUCCAGCUGCUUUCGAUGAUCACUCAGUACCUGUGCGACACCGUCAUCAUCGUCAUCGCAGUCGUCAAGAGUGUUGAGAUGGUGCUACAUGCGCCCUUUGUGCUGGGAAUGCUGACAGCGUUCUGCUGCGGGUCGUGCGCGCUAUUCUGGAUGUCUCUGCUCUUUCUGGAUCUGUGGCGGCAGGCACUCGGAGACAGGGAUCAAAGAGGUAUGGAGGAGUCGAAGAAGCGUGGCGGAACCGGCUUGUCGAAGAAGUCCUUGCCGACGAAGUCCUCGGUGUCUUCCAAGUCGUCCACGUCGGCCAAGUCAGACGCCGCUGAGAGGAAGAAACGCAAGCAGAAAGCCGCUUCCGUGGAAGCGGAAGCCGUUGCAAAACCGAGUCCGGUUCUUGGCAUGGAACAGCAAGCUGCGCUGAAAUUAUCCGGCACCGCACCGCAGACGCCUGCAGGCGCUGCGCAGCCUGUCGACUCAGGGAUGCCUGUGGAACCUGUGCAGCCUGUUGGCUCUCUAGGUCCUGUGGAGCCCAAGCCGCAAACGAAACAGUCGCUUAAGAAGACGGUCGCCAUUAAAGGCCAGAGCGUCAGAGCAUCACAUGCCGGAGCCUGUGCUGCCGAAGGGAGUCAGGUGAAGUUCUCCAGGGUGGUUACCGUUGCCCUCGUCAUCAUCGUGACACCGCUUCUAAGCCUACUGAUACCACUGCUUCACUACCUUUUUUCGCGGGACACAACACCUCCUAAGACAAUAGCUUUCUGCAGCACCCCCGACUGCGCUGCCUUCGGACAUAAAGUGAGCUUGGCCAUCAACGCAGCUAUAGAUCCGUGCCACGACUUCCACGGAUUCGUUUGUGGAGGCUGGAAAGAGUCGACGCUCCGACCAUCGACGGAGGCUCGCAUGAUCACCGACGCGUACGACAUGGCAAUCAAGGAAGUGAAAAACGACGCUCAGCGGGCAAGCAAGGCCGCGCAGUUCUUCGGCAGCUGUAUGAGUGCCGGCAAGCACAAAAAUGAAAACCUGGAACGGUUCGCCGAGCUAAGAAAAGUCCUUAGCCUAACCUGGCCCGAGAGCAAGCCCCGAGGAGUACAACCACUUGACGUCAUGGUGAACAUGGCCUUGAACUGGCGGAUGAACUUUCUUUUCGACAUGGGAGCCGUCGCCGUGCGUCAGUCCACCGCUCUGUUGUUCACACGUGGUCGGCUGGACAUGGGUUGGGAAGAGAGAGUACACAAUAAACCGCAGCACGGUAAAUACGAGGAUUAUGUCGACGCUCACUACGGCAUCCUAGAAGUGAACGCUUCCAGAAGAAAUAUCAAUGCGUCGGAACUCCUGAACCUCGAGCAGGCCAUACUUAACGCCAAGCUUGCGUUUCUGCACGACGCCCCACAGCAAGACUGGUUCAAUCUUAGCGCCCUAGAUACGAAGACGUCGUCGCUACCGCCAGGCCUUUGGCUAAAUAUUCUUAGGAAGCAUGACAGACAGUUCAACUGGACGAACGACGACAUCGCCAUCGCUGAGGACGUCAAGAUAUUUCAAAGUAUAGACAAAUUGCAUAAAACCAACGGCAACGACAAGCUUAUAAUAGGGCUCUCGUGGAUAUUUAUACAGACUCAUCUGUGGGCAGUGACUGGCGAACCAUCCUUGAGAUUCAGUGAGAAACAAGAUGAGCUGCAAACGUUUUGGGAACGCAGCUGCAUGGCAUACGUGGAAUCCCGUCUGGGGCUCCUCGUCUUGCCGAAAUCGUUCACUGACUAUUAUGCCGAAAUCGAGCACCGAAAUUACAUCGAUAGUCUUCUGAAAAGAAUGAGAGACAACGCAAAGCAACUUCUCAACAAUCUGACCUGGAUGGAUGGACCGAGCAAAAUGUUGGCCUUCCGAAAACUGGAGAAUAUGACCCGCGUUAUUUUGCCCGCUGAAAUCUUCUUCGACAGAAAGACACGCGACAAACUCUACGGCUUGUUUCCCGAGAUGACCGGCAAAACAUUCGUCACAAACCUCGUAGAGACGACAGAGAUAUACCGGAAACUCCGCAGAGACGAACACUUUGGAGACGUGUACAGCGUUCACCUCUUUCCGCAGUUCGGACUCGAGCUCUACUUGUACUUGGCUAAUGCGCUCACACUGGCCAUCGGCGUGCUGAAUCCGCCAUUGUUUUAUAAAAACGCUACUCUGGCGAUGAGGUAUGGUGGGAUGGCGUCAUUUGCAGCGCGUGGGAUGGUGAAGUCAUUCGACGAAAUCGGUGUAAGAGUGAACGAAGAAGGCCAACGUGGUCUCUGGCUUACACCAGCGUCAGCGUCCGCUCACGAAAAGAAGUCGAGAUGCGAUGUGCGCGCAAGCGCGAACGCUAGCUCUUGGCGACCUCUGAGCGUGUUUCCAUUUAUCCCAGGUAUUGAGCUCGCAUACGUAAGCUAUGAAGCUGCGGUAGGAGGCGGUUACUUAGACCUGCUUGACUACAGGGUGAUUCACCUGGAACCUUACUCGGACGACCAAAUUUUUUUUAUCGCUUACUGCUACGCUCUCUGCGCCCAUCGGCCGCAGACUAUGGCUGACGAGUGCAACGUUCCUGUCAAGAAUUCUCCUCAGUUUGCUGCAGCAUACCAUUGUCCAGUGGGUUCACCUAUGAAUCCACCCAACAAGUGCACGUUCUUUUACUAGAGGAAAACUUGCU